UCUGCGGAACUCGUCGCUCCAUGCACAGUCUCUGGCCCGCCCCUUGCCAGCAGGCGGCAGCAAGCUGGGCGCACAUCCAGUGUGCAGUUUGUGCUUUCCUGUUUAGCGCCAACAUCAGCAGAAUAUCUUCUUCCCUUUUCUGCUGAAGUUGGAAGUCCUGUCGAACAUCAUGGCGGAGAAUCAGGAAGAGGAUUUGGAGCUGAGUGACUUUGAGGACGAAGAUCUGGACGCUGCACCAGAAGUUGUGAGCAGCAGUGUGGUAGAUACCCUGAGAGAAGGAUCUAACACUUCUGCAAGUGAAUCUCCCACAGAGCUUGCCAAGCAGCCUGUAUCUACCCCUACUCUACAUUCUGCAACAUCUGCGGUUUCUCAACCUUCCGUUACGCCACGGCAAAAUCUUAACACAAACGAGAAUGGAGACAAGGCGAGAAUGCCAGAUGGAGAAUCUGCGUCAGAGAUUGCAAUAGAGCGCAGGCAGAGGGAAGCGGCAGAGGCUGCUUUGGAAGAGGAGCGCGCACGGGCAGAUGCGGUGGAAAAGGUUCUGAGGUCUAGCCAAAGUCGACAAAACGACCUCGAAAACGCUUUGAAGCGUGCCGGCAGCCAGAUCGCCGCAGAGAAAGAGGCUCGUCAAGCCGCCGAAGCCGCCCAGGCUACGCUCCAGUCCGAAAAGGAAGCUGCUCUCAAAGUGAAAGCCGAAGCAGAGACAGCAAAGCUUGAGUCCGACACCGCGUUUGCGAGAAUGAAAGCGACCGUGCAAGAAGCGGUGAGGCAGCGAGACGAGGCGAGACGAAAUUUUGCGGAGGAGAAGAGGCAGCGGGAGGCUGCGCAGGGGUUGGGGGAGAAGGCGAGGGACGAACUAGAGCGGCGGAACGUCCGCGCGGCGAUGGAGCUGUCGGAGAUGGAGGCUAAGGUGGCGGAGGCGCGGGGGGAGGCGGAGAAGCUGAGGGAAACGUUCAAGCAGCAAGAUCUGAAGCUGUUGGAGUUCGAGGGCAGUGUGAAACGGCUCUCCGACGAGCUGGCCGCCGAGAAGGGCCGCCGCGAGGACGCCGAGGGCAAGCUCGCGGUCGCCGAGGCCGAGAUGACGUCACUCCACCGCAACGCCGACGAGGCCAAGUCGCUCCGGGAGAGGGUGACGUCAGCAGAGCGUCAGCUGGACGAGCUGAAGGAGAAGCUGUACGAUUCGGAGCAGAAGCUGAAGGAAGAGGAGCAAGCGAAGAUGCGCGUCGAGUCGGAGCUGAAAACGGAAAAAGAGUUGCGGGCGCGGGAGAAGGCGGAGGUGGAUGCGCGGAACGUGAAGUUGCGGAGCAAGUUCGAGGAGCUGAUCAAGGACAAGGGGACGCUGAAAGCGGCGCUUGAGGAGGAGCGGGAGAAGGCGGCCAAGAUGGGGGCGGAGAUGAGCGGACUAGAGCAGGAGAUCCGGAAGGCCAAAGUGGAAAGCACCGAGGAGAUCGAGUCGCUGGGCAAGGAACUCACGGCCAAGGACGCGGAGCUGGCGCGGCUCGAGGGCGCGCUCCGGGAGGCGACCAAGGGCGGGGGUUUGCAGGCUUUGCUCGACGAGGAGCGGGUCGCGCGGGCGGCCGCGGAGAAGGGGCAGCGCGAGGCGGAGGGGAUCGUUGCGCUUGAAAGAGGACAGCUGGCAGAAGCGGAGAGAGGGAGGGAGGAGGCGCAGGCGGGGCUGGCGGCCGCGAGGGAGGAGAGCGCGGGGCUCAGGACGAAGCUCGAGUCCACGGAGGCCGAAGUCGCGUCCUUACGAGAAGCGCUUGAAGCGGCCCAGUCCGCGACCGCCUCCAAGCAAGCGGACUGCGACGCUUUGGAGGGUAAGCUGGCCGAGGCGCGGCAACGGGAGGCGGAACUACGGGACGAGAUACAGGGGCUGACGUCAGAGGUGCGCGCGGCGAAGCAGGAGGUGACGGACUGGAAGGGCCGGCACGAGGGGGUGACGUCAGAGAACGGGGAGCUGAUGGAGGAGCUCGACAAGAACUCGCGGGAGGUCGCCCGCCUUAACAUGUUGGUGUCCCAAUGGAAACGAGCGGCCGAAGAAGCUAACGCCAAGAUCUCGUCGAAGGAAGAGAUUGCUCAAGCCGCCAUUGCGGCGCGCGCGGCCGCCGAGAGCUCCCUCAAAAUGGCGGACGAGCGGGCGGCCGAGCUGCGGCAACGGGCGGAGGAAAUGGCGCAGCAACUUGACGAUAUUGAGAGCGGGUUAGAGAGGAGGUUACGAUCGCAAGGGCUGGGUUUAGGGUUCGGUCAGUGGCGGUGGGAUGACUGUAUGCCUUGGGCGUCACGUCGAAGUCGACGGCGGGGAGGUGACGAGGAGGGGCUAGGGGAAGGGGAGCAUGGUCAUCUGAUGGAACCGCUGAUAUAAUAGGUCAAUGUAAAUGGACACGCGGAUAUUCAACUUCGACAACAUCAAUAUAUAGUUCGGAUCCCUAUCAGAAUUCCGUCCCAAGAUUAUCACAUUGAAUCAAAUAGGACAUGUGACAGGCCACGCUUCAAGUUCUUGGUGG